ACUCCUAAUUCUGAUUCUGAAAAAACCAGCAAAUCCCACACAGAAGAAUUCUAGAGAGAGAGAGAGGGGGGGGAGAGAGAGAGAGAUGGAGACGAUAGAGCACAAGACGAUCACGGCAAACGGAAUGAACAUCCACAUAGCAGAGAAAGGCCAAGGCCCGCUUGUUCUGUUCCUCCACGGUUUCCCGGGGCUCUGGUAUUCAUGGCGCCACCAAAUCCUCUACAUGGCCGCUCACGGCUACCGUGCGGUGGCGCCGGACCUCCGUGGCUACGGCGACACCACCGGAGCACCCGUCGACGACUGCACUAAAUUCACUUCCCUCCAUGUCGUUGGAGACAUCGUUGCUCUUCUCGAUGCCAUUGCGCCUGAUGAACACCAGGUUUUUGUUGUUGGGCAUGACUGGGGCGCGUUCAUGGCGUGGUCUUUGUGCUUGUACAGGCCCGAUAGAGUCAAGGCUUUGGUGAAUUUGAGCGUCCAUUUUAUGCCUAGGGAUCCUGUGAUGAAGCCUAUUGCUAUGUUUCGUGGGUUGUUCGGAGAUGACCAUUACAUGUGCCGAUUUCAGGUACCUGGAGAUAUUGAAGCUGAAUUUGCCCAGAUUGGUGCUAGAGAUGUGGUCAAAAGAUUCCUAACGUACCGCGACCCUGGCACAUUUUAUUUCCCUAAAGGAAAAGGAUUUGGGAGUUUUCCUGAUACUCCAGAUAUCUUGCCUUCUUGGUUAUCAGAAGAGGAUGUUGAUUACUAUACCAGCAAAUUUGAAAAUAACGGCUUCACUGGAGGAAUUAACUACUACCGAGCUUUCGAUUUAAAUUGGGAACUCGCGGCACCGUGGACCGAGGCCCAAGUCAAAGUGCCGACAAAGUUUAUUGUUGGCGAUUUAGACUUGGUCUAUAACAUCCCCGGCACCAAGGAAUACGUACACGGUGGCGGGAUGAAGAAAUACGUACCUCUGUUGGAGGAAGUUGUUAUAAUGGAAGGUGUAGCGCACCACCUCAAUCAAGAAAAGCCUCAAGAGAUCAACCAACACAUUCUUGCGUUCAUCAACAAGUACUGAUUUUUCCCAAUCCCUCUUCAGCUGUAUCACAGAUCCAUGCACGUCUCGAUUCCAGAUGCUAGCUUCAUGUUGUGUUUGAUGCAAUGCAAUAAGAUUUGAAGGCUAAACAGAUCACAAAUCUAUCGUUGUGUUUUGUUAGUGCCUUUUCGGCACUUGAUGUGUUAUACCACUAUGUGUUAUUUCUAUGUCUACACUACGUCUAUGUAACAACUCAUCCUCUGAGAUUGCAUAUCCCGAUAUUAGUCAUGUAAAUAAGAAAAUAAAAUUUCUUAUUUUGACAA